AUGUUCUAUCUCGUCGGAUUGGGUCUGUGCGAUGAAAAGGACAUCACAGUGCGAGGGCUGGAGGUGGUUAAACGCUCUUCGAGAGUCUAUCUCGAGGCCUAUACGAGCAUCCUAAUGGUCCAAAAAGAACGACUGGAAGCAUUUUACGGCAAAGAGCUGAUCCUCGCCGAUCGCAACAUGGUCGAGACUGAAAGCGACGAAAUCCUACGAGAUGCCGACAAGGAGGACGUGUCCCUGCUCGUCGUCGGCGAUCCAUUUGGGGCGACGACGCACACGGACAUCAUCAUCCGGGCGCGCUCGCUGAAAAUACCGACGCGGGUCAUCCACAACGCGUCCAUCAUGAACGCCGUCGGAGCCUGUGGUCUGCAAUUGUACAACUUCGGACAGACGGUGUCCUUGGUGUUCUUCACCGAGACGUGGAAGCCGGACAGCUUCUACGACCGCAUCAAAGAGAACAUGGGCCUGGGCAUGCACACCCUCGUCCUAUUAGACAUCAAAGUGAAAGAGCAAAGCGAGGAGAAUCUAGCAAGAGGAAGGAAAAUCUACGAGCCCCCGAGGUACAUGUCCAUCCCCCAAGCGGUCUCGCAGAUCGCAGAGAUCGAAGCCCUCCGCGGGGAAGGGGUGCUCAAGCCAGAAGCGACCCUAGCAGUCGGGCUAUCUAGAAUUGGCGGCGAAGAGCACCAGCGCAUCGUGUGCGGGACGCUGGAGGAGCUUCUCACACAGCCGCCGGAGCUUUUCGGGGAGCCGCUGCACAGCCUAAUCAUCGUCGGGAAGCGGCUGCAUGACCUGGAGGUCGAGUAUGCGGAGGAGUAUGCGGUCAACAGGGAGACGUGGCGGAGCGUCGCGCAGUCUGUGUACGGUUGCGCACUUGAUCGGUGA